GCGGGCGGAAGGGGCGGCGGCAGCGGCGGCACAAGCGACGGCGUGAGCCGAAGAGCAGGCUCCAGACGCUGGUCAAGAACCGGGGGACCCGGCAGUGUCUGCGCCCUUAGCGCCAAGCCCCGGAGGCGUCAUGGCAGAAUACGGGACCCUCCUUCAGGAACUGACCAACAACAUCACCCUUGAAGAUUUGGAGCAGCUGAAGUCAGCCUGCAAAGAGGACAUCCCCAGCGAGAAAAGUGAGGAGAUCACUACAGGCAGUGCCUGGUUUAGUUUCCUGGAGAACCACAACAAGCUGGACAAAGACAACCUCUCCUACAUUGAGCACAUCUUUGAGAUCUCCCGUCGUCCUGACCUGCUCACUAUGGUGGUUGACUACAGGACUCGUGUGUUAAAGAUCUCGGAGGAAGAUGAGCUGGAUACCAAGCUAACACGUAUUCCCAGUGCCAAGAAGUACAAAGACAUUAUCCGGCAGCCUUCUGAGGAAGAGAUCAUCAAACUGGCCCCCCCACCGAAGAAAGCCUGA